GAGAGAGGCCAGCGCCGCGCGGCUGCCGCGGCCCCCGCGGGGAUCCUGGUGAUGCACCAUGCCGAUAGUUGAUAAGCUGCGGGAAGCCCUGAAGCCUGGCCGGAAGGAGCCGGCCGGCGAUGGGGAGCUGGCCAGGCUGCUGGCCACCUCCGCCAGGAAGGUCCUGCUGCAGAGGAUCGAGUUUGAGCCGGCCGCCCGGAGCUUCUCCUACCAGCUGGACUCCCUGAAGAGCAAGUAUGUGUUACUGAACGCCAGGACCGAGGGAGACGGCCGCCCCAAGAGUGGAGAGGAGCCCCCAGCCGGGAGAGCCGGCAGCGAGCAUGUGUUUGAGGAUGGCAGUGACGGGGUGCCAGCCCCCCAGAAAGUGCUCUUCCCCACGGAGCGGCUGUCCUUGCGGUGGGAGCGCGUCUUCCGCGUGGGCGCCGGCCUGCACAACCUGGGCAACACCUGCUUCCUGAACUCCACCGUGCAGUGCUUGACCUACACGCCGCCGCUGGCCAACUACCUGCUCUCCCAGGAGCAUGCGCGCAGCUGCCACCAGGGCGGCUUCUGCAUGCUGUGUGUCAUGCAGAACCACAUCGUGCAGGCCUUCGCCAACAGCGGCAACGCCAUCAAGCCCGUCUCCUUCAUCCGAGACCUGAAAAAGAUUGCCCGGCACUUCCGCUUCGGGAACCAGGAGGAUGCGCACGAGUUUCUCCGCUACACCAUUGAUGCCAUGCAGAAAGCCUGCUUGAAUGGCUGUGCCAAACUGGACCGUCAAACCCAGGCCACCACCUUGGUCCACCAGAUCUUCGGCGGGUAUCUGAGAUCGCGAGUGAAGUGCUCGCAGUGCAAGAGCGUCUCGGACACCUAUGACCCCUACCUGGACAUAGCGCUGGAGAUUCGGCAAGCUGCAAAUAUUGUGCGGGCUCUGGAGCUCUUUGUGAAGCCGGAUGUCCUGAGUGGAGAGAAUGCCUACAUGUGCGCCAAGUGCAAGAGGAAGGUGCCGGCCAGCAAGCGUUUCAGCAUCCACAGGACGUCCAACGUGCUCACGCUCUCUCUGAAGCGCUUCGCCAACUCCAGCGGCGGCAAGAUCACCAAGGAUGUCGGCUACCCAGAGUUCCUGAACAUCCGUCCCUACAUGUCCCAGAGUAGCGGCGAGCCUGUCACCUAUGGGCUCUAUGCUGUCCUGGUCCACUCAGGCUACAGCUGCCAUGCAGGCCACUACUACUGCUACGUGAAGGCAAGCAAUGGACAGUGGUACCAGAUGAAUGACUCCCUGGUGCAUUCCAGCAACGUCAAGGUGGCCCUCAACCAGCAGGCCUACGUGCUCUUCUACCUGCGAAUCCCCAGCUCUAAGAGAAGUCCUGAGGGCCCCAUCUCCCGCACAAGCUCCGCCUUCCCUGGCCGCCCUGCUGGGACUCCAGACCCCUCCAGGAAGAGCUUGAGCCAUGGGACCAUGCACUCGCCGCUGCCAGGCAAGCGACAUGACUCUUUGCUGGGGAAGAAGCCGCAGGCUGCGGAAGAGCUGGGUGUGCCUGUCUCCCGGAAUGGCUCCAUUCUGGGCCUGAAGACGCCGAAUGGACAUGGCCCUCCGAAGCUGCCCCCGGGGACCCCGUCCCCCAGACUCCCCCAAACCCCCACGCACAUGCCCACUGUCCUCGAUGAGCCUGGGAAGGUGAAGAUGCCGGCCCCCCUGCAGGAUCCCUCCCCCUCCCCCAAAGCUUCUCAGGGCUUUCCUGGCACCAGCACCUCGAAUGGCAGCAAGUGUGGGGCCCCUGGAGGCCGCGGACAGGGCUCCUGGGACCGUGGAGUCACCGCCCUCUCUACCUCACCUGAGCUGGCUGAAGCCACUGCCAAUGGGCAUGGGCCCAAGAGGCGUGAUGGGUAUGCUGACCUCAGCAGUUGCAGCCCCAAGCGUUCCAGCAGCAGCGACUCUGCCCAGGCGCCCCAGACCCCGAAGAGCGGAGCUGCCCGCCUCUGUGACUCUCAGGAAACAAACUGUCCAGCCAGUGGCCACGCCAAAGUGCCAUCAGCUGGAGCGGACCCCAAGGUGGCAAGGCUCAAGUCCCCCGAGCCCGCCAGCACCACGUCUCCUCCGCCAGCCAAGAAGCCCGCCCUGUCUGCUGAGAAGGCCAGCUCCCUGCGGAGGGCGACCCGCAGUGAGCCGCGUUCACCUCUGCCCUCGCCAUUCUCCGACCUCACCUACCCCAUGACAGCCACUCCCCGGGCCAAGGCCUCCACCUGGCCUGUCAGCCAGCCCAGGGCCGUGUCUCCUGCUCCCCCGUCAUCCUGCCGCGCGAAGCCACCUGGCAGCCCGCACUCCACGUCGCUCCACAGCCCCCAGCCCCCACGGGGCUGCUCCCCCGCCUCCAGCUCCCUGCCUCAGGUCAACGGGGGCGCCGUGGCCCCUUCACACCAGCUGCUUGAGGCCACCAGAGCCCCCCAGAGCUCCUCCAAAAAGAGGAGAAGGACCUGCGGGGAGACCCUCGGGGGUUCAGGCCCAGACGCGCCGCUGACAAGGCCCCUCGAGGCGGAGGCUGCAGUGCCUCGCAGGAAGAAGAAAAGGAGAAAGAGAAAGCCACUUGAGGAUGCAAGCACAGCCAUCGGGCAGGCCAGGGUUCUGGAGGGCAGGGAGGGCCCGGCGGAGCUGCCAGCUAGUCCACUGGAAGCAGCGGGCACGAGGUCUGAGGUGAACGGCCAGCAGGGAGGACACGGCCUGGGUGGCCAGCGCAGCCGCAAGAGGAAGAAGAAGGAAGCAGAUCGGCCUGGCAGGGCAGACAGCCUCGCCCUGGGCACCCCCCAGCACAGCCACGGUGAGCCUGGGCCCAGGGCUGUGUCUCCCAGGAGGAAGAAGAGAAGGCAGGAGUCAGAGCAGGAGGCCGAAGAGGCGAAGCGUCCACAAGACCAGGGGGGUGCGCACCCCCGUGACACCACGGUCCCUGGGCGGAGCCAUUCCUUGGCACUCGUGAAUGGGCAACUUCCUGGGGACUCCACAGGCGCACCCCUGGGGCUGGGACAGGCUCCUCCGGUCUGUAGGAACAGAGAGGACAAACCCGACGCGCUGCAGGAGCUGCUGCGAUACUCUUCAGAUAAAGCUUACGGGAAGAAAGUGCUGACAUGGGACGGGGAAGUGUCCGCCGUCAGUAAGGAUGCUGCUGAAGACAGCCGGCUGGCGCGGGCCCGGAGCGUGCUCGACGACUGGGAUGAGCAGUUCGACCGUGGGAAGGAGAAGAAGGUGAAAAAGUUCAAGAGAGAGAAAAGGAAUUUCAACGCCUUCCAGAAACUUCAGAGCAGAUGGAACUUCUGGUCGGCGACACAUCCUGCCAAGGCUGCCAGCCUCAGCUAUCGCCGCUGACUUGGCCUCUGCCAGAGGAGGUCAGUAUGGAGGCGAGUGUGUGGACACUCAGGCCAGUCCCGGAGGGGCUGUGGGAGCUCGAGGUCUCCUCCGUGGGACCACUGUGCCCUGCCCGCAGCCUCCCGAGCCGGAGAAAGGAGACACUUCCGGUGGACUGGCCAUCUGGGUCUGAAGAGUGGCCGUCUGUGGCGUCUGCUGUCCGUUGCCUCCUGGCCGCCGCACAGCGCACCUGCUCCUGGGAACAGUGCUGGCACCGCUGCACAGGCAGCCCGAGUGGGAGGCCUGGCACCUGCUCGGCGCCGUGCGAGGAACCCCCAGGGUGGCGUUGAGCGAAGUGUGAGUGUGGAUCAUCGUGGUUGUGGACAGUGUCCUGGUCCGCUGAGAGCCCACAGGCCCUCCUGCGCUGCCUGGAGCCGCCUCCGUUCCUCCUCGCUUCCCUCCCAUCCCCGUUGGGGCCUGCACAUCUGCCUGUCUUACCCGUCUGCCUUCAGAGGAGGAGCUGGAGGCAACCCCGCCGCUGCCUCCCCUCCAGCCGCUGGGCGGCCCGUGCCAAGCUUCAGCUGCCUGUCCUGGCGUGGAACUCCAGACGGUUGGAGGGCACGUGGCCGCUGGUGGGGAGCCCCGCGACACUGACUCGCACGCUUAGCCAGGCUGCUUCUCCUGGGGUGACUGCUGGAGCUCCCCCCGCAGCCGCAGUGGGCCACGGCCUGUAGCAAGGCUGUGAUCUGGGCUAGAAUUUGCUGCCUGUUCGACUCCUUAAUAGAAAACAUUUACUUUGACCAGAUGCGUGGCUUCUAUUAGCAUCGUUUUCUUUCGCUGAUAUGCAAGUACUGGCUUUGCUCAAUUUUGUGAGUGCUUUUGGAUUAGGUGAUUGUUAACUCAAGGAGAGAACUUUUUUUAUCCUGCUCAAGCUGUGCCUGCAGACUUGUCAUUGAAUAAAUA